AUGUCUUCUGUGUGCAAAAAACAAAACUCCUCUUUCGGUAGCGGCAGCUAUGUCUUUGAUGAUAGAAAGCGUAUUCAUCAUAAUCCUUUAUUACUCGACUUUAAAUGCAAGGUCUCUAUUCCUGGCUGGACCCUAGUUGAUUCAUUACUUGGUUUUGAUAGAUAUGUCUCUUAUCAAAUAUAUUGGAUGCAUGGUCAAGUCGGAAAAUUGUUCAUUAACAGAAGAUAUACCGACUUUUAUAAGCUACAUAAAAAGCUUGUGCACAAAUAUGGAAAGUCCGCUAUCCCACCGCUUACCCCAAAGAAGCGAUAUGGAAGAUUCAAGCUUGAUUUUAUCGAAUACAGACGUUUUCACCUUGAGUUUUAUUUACAAUAUCUUGCAUUAACGAAUCGUGAUGAAUUAAUUAAAUUUCUUGGCGGAAAUAAACAGACGGUGGUCCUAAAAAUACCUCGAAAAACAAAUCAAAUAACUAGAUCUGACCUUCCUCAACGAGGUUGUUUAAUUUCGG